AUGUGGAGGGCCUGGAGGAAGUACCGUAGCUGUAACAAGGACACCACCCUGAAAGCGGCCAUUGGACGUUGGAAGACAUGGGCACAGUACAACAAGCUGUACAAAAAGCACAAAGAGCACUGCCGAACCGCAAAAAAAGACUACCUGCUCCAACAGAUGAGCACUGCGGAACAGGCCGCGCAAAGCCAUAACCAGCGCCUCUUGUAUCAGGUUGUACGCGCUCUCGCGCCUAAAGCCAAGCGCCACAGACCUCAGCUGCGUGACUCCACAGGACAAAUGAUGACGCGUAGUGAAGAAGCGGCGUGCUUUCACCGUCACUUCACUGCCAAAUUCACAGCUGCUGCUGAAGCACUCACGCAGCUAGAGACAACCACUCGGUUGUUGCACGAACGUCAGGGGGAGCCCUGUGAAGGCCCCACGCUGCAGCCGACGGUGCUCGCCAGGCACUUGCAACACGCUCCGCUCAGGAAAGCCGUCCCCCCAGGUCACCCACCCAGUGCCAUCUGGCGCCUUUGCUCAGACAUUAUUGCGACAAGGGUCUGCCAUGUGCUUAAUACCAACUGGACCCCACAGCCUAACCGCGUGCCCCGGACCUGGUCCGACGCACACCUGGUCCUUAUCCGUAAGCCAGCCAAAACCGGUAAGGAAGAGGGACACUAUCGCCCGAUAGGCCUUCAAGACCAGCUAGGCAAACUCACCUUCAAAGCACUAGUCGAACCCUAUCAGGCAGACAUACACCGCAUCGCCGCACAAUUCCCCCAAUACGGCUACAUGCCAGGCAGGUCCCACCGCGAUGCCUUGCGCAGGGUGUUCGACCACUGCGCGCACAUCAGGGCCAAGUGCCGCGCCCACCACUGCACACUGCAUGACCGAUUUGAAGGCAAGGCUGCCACGGCCUUGAUCGGCGGCCUGCAGGUCACACUCGACCUCGCGGGAGCAUUUGAUGCCAUGCCCCGACAUCGCCUCCUGGAAGGAAUGGAGCACAUGAACUUGCCGCUCUCCUUCAUACAGAUUGUCAUGUGUUGGCACCAUCAAGCCCGCUACCAUAUCAACCAUGAUGGCACGGAUCGGGUUGUCCACGCUACACAGGGCGUGCGACAGGGUUGUGCGGUUGCACCCCUUCUCUGGCUCAUUUUCUCGCACCUUAUCAGUGAAAAACUUGCGGCCAAGAUCGGCUACCACGCCACAGUCAAUCUCCUCAGCAUCUUCGCUGACGACUACCAUUGUUCGGGUGAGUUCAGCUCGACGUACGAACUGGAGGUCAUUUUGUCGCACGUAGCCGUGCUCCUCCAUACACUGGCGGAUAUGGGAAUGACGGUUAGCCCUGCGAAAAGCAAGGCCAUACUCAAAUGCGCAGGUCCGGGGGCUGAACAGCUUAGGAGACGGUUCACACGCAAAACGGCCCAGGGGAAAGUCCUUCGUAUCUACAGUGCACAAGCAUGUAUCGACGUCCCGCUUGUUGAUUCAUUCAUGUACUUGGGAGCGAUUGUCAGCUAUGAUCACUAUGAGGAUAGAACACUUGCGCACCGCUUAGAGGUUGGGUCUAACAAUUUUGGCAGACUCACGCGUGUACUCCCAGGCAGACAUGCCCUGACGCGACAACACAAACUCCGUAUCUGGCAGGCGUGUGUCUAUACCGCCACUGUCUACGGGCUUGAUGCCUGUGGACUCACGCCCCUUGGCGCCAAGAAGCUCACAGCGCAGAUCCUGAGACAAAUUCGACUCAUAGUCAGGGAUCCCGUAUACAUGACGGGUACAUCACACCAGCAGGUUUUGACAAAAUGGAACCUUCUUUCUCCGAUUGAGGCGCUAAGGCACCAACUUCAUAAGGAGACAGUUGAUCCGGGGACUCCACCGGAUAUCUUCAAAAAGGGGCCGGAUAGCGCAGCUUGGCAAAGAGUCAUGAAUACCCUACAAGACUUUUCAUCCUCUCAGCUUGUCGAAAUGCACAAUCAGCGUGCCCAUGGCCACCCGUGUCCAGAGUGUGGAAUAUAUUUCGCCACACGUACCUCCAUGCUCGGCCACAUGACACGUAAACAUAAAGACCACCCAGCACGCCCUGCCAAUCAGCCCACGCGCACUUUCGACAAACGUAGUGACGCGCUGGGAGGGCUGCCUCAAUGCAGCCACUGCAAAGUCAAACUCUGUGACUUCUCCAGUCUGCGCAAGCACAUUAACGAACAGCGCUGUAAGGUGCUUUACCCCACGAGACGUGCCGGACCAACGGACGACUCAGAAACACAGCUGCCCUACUUUCAGAGGACCAGCGUACGACUGGCGAUGGAGGAGCUUCAGCAAGUCUUCGGCCCGCUGAUGAAGGACCAGCUGGAUCUCAUGGAGUGGGCACCGACGAUGAAGAGGGAAGCCGAACCGGAAUCGGCCCCUGCAGAGCGAGGCAAGGUCCCCAAGACAGAGCAGGGCAAAGGGCGCCCGCGUCAGCCGGCCCCUCCAAGCAAACAACACUGGCGCAAAGGUGGGGGCAAGGGGCGUGGUCACGAAACCCCCAACCUGACCUACUUGAUCAAAGCGCUAGCCAGACUAGCGCUGCAACAGGAGACGGCGCUCAAGAUCCUACGCCAGGACUACAGCUGGGUGCUCUUCAUUCAACCGGGCAGUCAGGGGCCGCUCCCCCUCCUCUUUGCAGCGGCACAAAAAUGGAAGAAGUCCCAGGAGGAGGGAACAACGACCAGUACACUACGCACCACUCUGUUCGGUUGUCUGAUCACGAUGCUGCACGCAAGCCUGAAGGACAUCGGAGGAGUGACGCAGACACCCUUCCAGAAGAAGGCGGAGGACAACAAAUGGCUACAGGAAGGCCAUUGGUGCUACCAGAAGUGGUCGCCGGCGUUGGGGAGCCUGGUGGUCGACGAGGGGAGGCCCCCGCUUCCACACGCGAAGCUAGUGGAAGCACUACAACUCCUUCUACCCAUCAUCAUGCAGCCCUACAUGAUACACAGAUUCCACGCCACACGUCCCCUAGCAGACACAAUGACAGGGGUCACGGCUUUUCAGCUGGACAUCUCCAAUCGCACGAAGGGCCACCCAACAGUAUGGGAGACACUGGAGGCAUUGACCGGCCUGUCGGCCAUGCAGGUCAUCGGCCUCCAACUACGGAGGGACACGCUCAAGCAGUCACCGGCUGUUGCGGACAUCCUCAAGUAUGGUGCUCAGGAACAGGCGUGGAGGGAUGUGUAUCAUGCGCGUAGGCCCAUUCACGUUCACGCACUGCGCUCCUGGCGGCCCUUGCUGUGCAAUUGGGCUAACCUCCACCAGCAACAUGACGCUUGUGAGUUCCUAGAACACCUCCUAGGAGCUGGACGACCCCAAGUUCUCCACGGCAAGUGGGAAUCGCGCAUUGUUAGUGAGGUUGAGGGCACCGAGACCAGAGGACAGCACAACACACAGCGAUCCAUUACCCUUGACCUGGCGGACCCUUAUGCCACCACUAACCUCCAAGCACUGGUUGACCAUUGGCACACAGGAGGCACGUACGUACAGGCUUGUACGCAUCCCCCGCGCAUCCUGCUUCUGCGCAUCUCGCGCUUCUUGGACACAGACGCUGGUGAGACGGUCAAAUUGCACACCAGGGUCACCAUUCCCACUGCAGUCCAGAUCCCAUGCUACU